AUGGAAUUAGACGAAAGUUCAAUUCAAGAGAGGACUGCUCUCACAACAACUAAUUUAUCACAGAUGUUAUCCCCAGGGAAGCCGAAGCAGCCUUCCUUGUUCAAAACACCUUCAACUCGGGUUAAUCUUCAGAAAUCUAUUCAGCUUUUAGAUGAAGCAGCAGGCCUUCCAGUUAGUUCUGAUUCGCCAACAUUUCAACAGCGUUCCAUUCGCAGUCAACGAAACAGCCAUUUAACUCCAAAAAGUGGAUCUGUAUUCCGAGGUGGAUCCAGAUUCCCAAGUUCUAUCCCCAAGCGAUCAACUCCCUACAAUCCUAAUCAGUCUUUUAAUGAAACGCUGUUCCAGACACCAGUGUCUGCUGUUGGGACCAGCCUUGUGGACAAAAAUUUUGAUGAUGUCACAACUACAAAUGUUGGAUUGCUUCUUGAGGAUGAACCAGAAUUGGCAGCCUGCACAGGGCUUUACAGUGAUUUCAUGGAAGCCUAUCGAACCUUUUCCAGUCCACAGAAAGUCUUUGAGCUUCUCGAUCAAUAUGACAGCAUCUGUGAGGAGCAACUACAACUAAUGAAGAAAUUGGUCAUGAGGACAGCCCCAAACCAGCAUAAGCUAAGCAAGAAGCUUGAUGUCUACAAUGUCUUGUGCUCUGAGCGUGAUACAUGGCAGUUGAUCAUUUCUUUAUUCAAAGACCGCCUCGAAGAGACUUACCUGACACAAAUGGAAGUAGAAGAUGAAGCCUUGCACUCUUCCAGUAAUAUGAAAUAUCUGAGUGACAAAAACAUUAUGUCUGCCUUAUUUUUGAGAGAUUCUACUGUCAGAGAGGCUCAGAUUGUUGUUGAUUGGUUGGAAAAUUGUUCCAGAGAAAACUUAUCCAUUUUGAUGAAGAAUCCCAAGUUCUAUUCUGGCCAAGCUGUGGCAUGGGAGAAUACUCUUCAUCAGCUUCAGAAAAAAAGUCGCUUUACUUCAGAGAAUAUAGAACGACCUUUAGUAGAAGAAAUGGAUCCUGAUGCACCAAAUCGUCAUGGAAGGGUGCUUGAUGAUCUUGAUCAAGAGGAUGAACUUUUGCUAUUGCAAAGGAUGUUUGCCUGCAUCCGUGCAGGUGACUUUAACCAGGCUCAAGAGAUUUGUAUCAAUUAUGGCCAGUCAUGGCGAGCAGCAACAUUAGAAGGGUGGAGACUGUAUCAUGAUCCCAAUUUUGAAAGUUUGACUACACAUGAAACCAUUCAGCCUGUAGAAGGAAAUCUGUAUCGUGAUGUUUGGAAACAAACCUGUUGGGACAUGUGCCAAGAGGAGAAGUACAAUAUUUACGAGAAAGCCAUCUAUGCUGCCCUCAGUGGUAAUUUGAAUGCUCUCCUUCCAGUUUCUCGUUCAUGGGGUGAUUAUGUUUGGGCCUAUUUCCGGACAUACGUCGAUCAAAUGGUAGAGCAAGAGGUCCACUUCUUAUCUCACCGGAAGAAAGAAGAACUGCCACCCAAUUAUUUGAAUAAAAGAUUGGAUCCUGAGAUAAUAUUUAAAGAUAUUGAAGCUUGUGAUAAUGAAGGGAUCCGAAAAGAAAGUCAUCUUUAUUUUAAUAUUUCUUCUUCUUUUUUUCUUCUUCUUUUCUUCUUCUUUCACCCUAAACUUCUUUUCUUUUUCUUCUUUUCUUUUUUUUCUUUAUUCUUCUUCUUUUUUUCUUCUUCUUCUUUUCUUCUUCUUUUCCUCUUCUUCUUCUUUUCUUCUUCUUCUUUCUUCUCCCUUCUUCUUCUUUCUUCUUUCCUCUUCUUCUUCUUCUUCUUUCUUCUUCUUCUUCUUCUUCUUCCUCUUCUUUUUCUUCUUCUUUUUCUUCUUUUCUUCUUCUCCUCUUCUUCUUCUUUUUCUUCUUCUUUUUCUUCUUCUUUUCUUCUUCUCCUUUGUCUUCUUCUUCUUCUUCUUCUUUUCUUCUUCUUCUUUUCUUCUUCUUCUUUUUCUUCUUCUCCUCUUCUUCUUCUCCCCUCUUCUUCUUCUUUUUCUUCUUCUUUCUUUUUUCUUCUUCUCCUUCUUCUUCUUCUUUUUCUUCUUCUUCUUUCUUCUUUCUUCCUCUUCUUCUUCCAUUCUUCUUCUUCUUCUUCUUUCUUCUUUGAAAUUUCUUCUUCUUCUUCUCACUCUUCUUCUUUUCUUCUUCUUCUUCUUUUCUUCUUCUUCCUUUCUUCUUUCUUCUUUUCUUCUUCUUCUUUCUUCUUCUUUUCUUCUUCUUUUCUUCUUCUUCUUCUUUUUCUUAUUCUCCUCUUUUCUUCUUUAAACAAGUUCUUCUUCUUCUUUUUUCUUUUUCUUCUUCAAAUUUCUUCUUCUUUUCUUUUCUUCUUUUCUUCUUCUUUUUUUUCUUUCUUCUUUUUCUUCUUUUCUUCUUUUUUUUCUUCUUCUUCUUUUUUUCUUUCUUUUCUUCUUUUUCUCUUCUUCUUCUUUUUCUUUCUUCUUCUUUUCCCGAUUCUUCUUCUUCUUUUUCUUCUUUUCCUUUUCUUCUUCUUCUUUUUCUUUUUCUUCUUCUUCUUCUUCUUCUUCUUCUUUUUUUUCUUUUUCUUCUUUUCUUCUUCUUUUCUUUUCUUCUCUUUUUCUUUUUUUUUUCUUCUUCUUCUUUUUUUUUCUUUUUCUUCUUUUCUUUCUUUUUUCUUUUUUUUCUUUUUUCUUUCUUCUUUUUUUUCUUUUUUUCUUUCUUUUUUUCUUCUUUCUUCUUCUUUCUUCUUUUUUUUUCUUUUUCUUUUCUUCUUCUUUUCUUUUUUUCUUCUUCUUUUUUUUCUUUUUUUUUUUUUUCUUUUCUUUUUUUUUUUUUCUUUUUCUUUCUUCUUCUUCAUUUUCUUUUCUUUUCUUCUUUUCUUUUUUUUUCUUCUUUUUUCUUUCUUUUUUUCUUCUUUUUUUUUUUUUCUUCUUUUUUCUUCUUCUUUUCUUUUAUUUUCUUCUUCUUUUCUUUUCUUUUUCUUUCUUUUCUUUUCUUCUUCUUCUUUUCUUUUUUUUUUUUUUUUUCUUCUUUUCUUCUUCUUUUUUCUUCUUUUUUUUUCUUUUUUUUUCUUCUUCUUCUUCUUCUUUUUUUUCUUUUUUCUUUUUUCUUUUCUUUUCUUCUUUUUUUUCUUUUUCUUUUUACAUCUUUUCUUUUUCUUCUUCUUUUCUUUUUCUUCUUCUUCUUUUCUUUUUCUUCUUUCUUUUUCUUUUUCUUCUUCUUCAUUUCUUCUUUCUUCUUUUUUUUCUUUUUUCUUUUUUUUUUUCUUUCUUUUCUUUUUCUUCUUUUUUUUCUUUUUUUCUCUUCUUCUUCUUUUUCUUCUUCUUCUUCUUCUUCUUUCUUCUUCUUUUCUUUUCUUCUUCUUCUUCUUCUUUUUUUUUCUUCUUCUUCUUUUUCUUCUUUUUUCUUUUUUUCUUUCUUUCUUUUUCUUUUUCUUCUUUCUUCUUCUUCUUUUUUCUUUUUCUUCUUUUUUUUUUCUUCUUUCUUCUUUUCUUCUUUUUUCUUUUUUCUUUUCUUCUUUUCUUCUUCUUUUUCUUCUUCUUUUUUCUUCUUUUUCUUCUUUUUCUUUCUUCUUCUUUUUUUCUUCUUCUUUCUUUUUUUUUUUUCUUCUUCUUCUUCUUUUCUUUUCUUCUUCUUCUUCUUCUUUUUCUUCUUUUUCUUCUUCUUUUCUUCUUCUUCUUUCUUUUCUUCUUCUUCUUCUUUUUUUUCUUCUUCUUUUCUUCUUCUUUUUUCUUUCUUUUUUCUUCUUCUUCUUUUAUUUCUUUUUUCUUCUUUUCUUCUUCUUUUCUUCUUCUUCUUUCUUCUUCUUUUCUUCUUUUUUUUUUUCUUCUUUCUUCUUCUUUUUUCUUCUUCUUCUUCUUCUUUUCUUCUUUCUUCUUCUUCUUCUUCACACUUUCUUCUUCUUCUUCUUUCUUUUUCUUCUUCUUCUUUUUUUUCUUUUCUUCUUCUUUUUUUUUUUUCUUUCUUUUCUUUUUCUUCUUUUUUUCUUCACUCUUCUUUCUUCUUUUUUCUUCACACUUUUCUUCUUCUUUUCUUUCUUUUUCUUCUUUUCUUUUCUUCUUCAGUUUUCUUUUCUUUUCUUCUUUUGUUUCUUCUUUUUUUUUUCUUCUUCUUUUUUCUUCUCCUUUCUUCUUUCUUCUUCUUCUUCUUUUUCUUCUUCUUUCUUCUUCUUUUCUUCUUUCUUUCUUCUUCCUUUCUUCUUCUUUUCUUCUUCUUUCUUCUUCUUCUUUCUUUCUCUUUUUCUUCUUCUUUUCAUAUUUAUUUAUAUAUAUUUAUUUAUAUUCCUAAUUAUUAGCUCAAUUCUUUCUUUUUUUUUUGUUUCUUCUUCUUUUUCUUUUAAAAAGGCAAACAGGCCAAAUAUUUAUUCAGCCUCUUUGGAUGGGGAACUGGAAUUUCUUUAUGUUCUGUGGACAAGGAAGAAUUCUUGCUUCAUAUUGGUUGCAUUCUCCUUUAUUUUCAUAUUUUUCAGCUGCUGUCCUACUUUUUCUCUGGCCCUCUGUGCUGAGAACUUGCUAGUCUCAAUAGGACUUGAUUCCAAGCCUGAACAUUGUAAUGCAAUCCUGAAGGGCUACGUGGAUGAUUUGAUCAAAAAUGGACAGAAGAGACUAAUUGCUACUUAUGUUGCUACACUUCCCACUUAUUGUCAGGCGUUGGCAUAUGCAAAUUUCCUUGAAGGAAUUGAGCAGAAGGAAGAACGACAUCUUUAUUUGAACUUGGCCAAAGAUGCCUGCCUGGAUGUACCUGCCAUUACAAAGACAGUCGUAGAAAAUAUUCGCAAGAAGAAUAAUGAAGACUUACAAGGACAAUCAAGAUUCACUAUUAAUACAGCCAUCUCCAAAGAAGACUUAGAGAAAAUUGAAGCCAUUGAUUGGUUGGUAUUUGACCAAUCACAGAGAUCAGAAGCCAUUAGACAGGCAAAUGCUGUCAUGAGAGGAUUCCUGGCUACAAAUAAAUCUGCUGCUGCUCGCCAGGUAUUUGAGAAACUCCCUGCCGAUUCAGUUGAUAUUGUUUACCAGAACAGAUACAGGGAGAUUGGCUCCAGGGACCUUGGACCUGAUGACAGCAAUGCUGUUCGAGAGCACUUAUGUAUAAAAGCAUGUUUGGAUGCCAUUGAGUCUUUUAAUGACUGGUUUGAACUCUAUCAUCGUGGCAAGCCAACACCACCAGAGUCUCCUGAAGGCGGCAACUUUACAGAACGCAUGGCAUAUGACCACCACAUGAAAUUGUAUGAAGCUGAAUUUGAUCAUUGGAGACAUGGCUUGGAGUUACAGACUAAGACAACAAAGAACCGGAUUUACAACAUUUUGUUAUUUGCUGAUGGUGGUUGGAUGGUUGACCAGUUUGAAAAUGAAACAAUUGAUGACAGUCGAGAACAACAAAUGAAACUGUUGCGUCAGUUGUGCAUUCCCAAAUUUAUUGUUCAAUUGCAUCAGAUUCUGCAUUCCACUGAGCAGUUUGUUGAGUGCAUGCAGUUAGCAGAGAUCCUCACUUUGGAAAAGAAUGGACUCUAUCAGGUUUUCACAAAGGAUGACUUACAAGAAAUGUUGAAGCUUCUUCGUCAAUCUGCUUUAAUGUUGGUUAACAGGAAACAGGAUCCAUUUGGAUAUGAAGAUCCAAUGAGUUACGAGUUGGAAACACCAGCCACAUAA